AUGGUGCCCGCCGUGAGAGCUAUCCCCAACGCCGCCAAGCGAGCUACGAACCUGCUCCGCACCGUUCAGUUUACUCACCCGCCCUCAUGUCCCUGCCACUCGAAUCCCGGCUAUCACCAGUCGCCGCCGGUUCUCACCCCCUCCAGACAUGCUCAUCAGCGCAAGUAUGCCACGCCGACCACGCACCCGGGCCAGAAGGAGUACGCUUUUGAGAUGGCUGCCUCGUCAAUUCGUUUCGGUCCCGGCGUGACGCAGGAGGUUGGUAUGGACUUGAAGAACCUGGGCGCGAAGCGAGUUUGUGUCGUGACGGAUGAGAACGUCGACAAGCUAGAUGCUAUGCGACAGGUUCGUGAGGCUCUCACUCGAGAGGGUGUUCCUUUUGAGGUUUACUCCAACGUCCGAAUUGAGCCAAAGGAUAGCUCUAUCAAGGACGCCAUCGCUUGGGCUCGUCCUUAUGAGCCCGAUGCCUUCCUGGCUGUCGGAGGCGGCUCAGUCAUCGACACAGCCAAGCUCAUGAACUUGUAUACGGCGUACCCAGACGCCGACUUCCUCGACUUUGUCAACGCGCCACUCGGCAAGGGCCGUCCCGUCGACAAGCCCCUAAAGCCCCUCAUCGCCGUCCCGACCACAGCCGGCACGGGCAGCGAGACAACGGGAACCGCCAUCUUCGACCUCGUGUCCAAGCGAGCAAAGACGGGUGUCGCCCACCGGAACCUCAAGCCUACGCUCGGAAUUUGUGAUCCCCUCAACACGAGGACUAUGCCUGCAGCAGUCAAGGCCGCCUCAGGUCUCGACGUGCUCUGCCACUCGCUCGAGUCCUGGACGGCCAUUCCUUUCAAUGAGCGAACACCGAGGCCUACCAAUCCCAUCCUGCGUCCAGCGUAUCAGGGAGCCAACCCCAUCUCUGAUGUGUUUUCGUUCCACGCUCUCCGUGCUACUGUCAAGUACCUUCCACGAUCUGUAAGGGAUCCUGAUGAUCUCGAGGCUCAGAGUGAGAUGCUUCUAGCCGCCACUCUGGCUGGUGUUGGUUUCGGAAACGCUGGUGUUCAUCUCUGCCACGGCAUGUCGUACCCUAUCUCGGGUCAGAACCCAGGCUACAAGCACGCUGGAUACCAAGUAGCAUCGCCAAUCAUCCCUCACGGUGUGUCGGUCGCCGUCUCCGCCCCGGCCGUCUUCCGUUUCACAGCCGCCUCUAACCCAGACCGACAUCUUGCCGCGGCCGAGGCAUUCGGAGUCGACAUCACCAACGUCAAGCGCGAGAGUGCAGGCGAGGUUCUCGCCGAGGCCAUCACCAAGUUCCUGGCAGAACUAGGAGACCAGCCCAAGGGCCUCAAGGAGCUCGGGUUCGGCACGGAGCACAUCGAGGCUCUUGUAGAGGGGACGAUCCCUCAGGCACGUGUGCUGAGCUUAGCCCCUGGUUUGUCCAGCCAACUCGAGGCUGAGAAGGAUCAGCUCCGGAGAUUGUUUGAGGAUGCCAUGACGCAUUAG